AUGUCUUUGGACCCCGACGCGACGAGGCGGACGACCGCCCAAGUGCAUCCAAACAGAACCUUGACCAAAGCCGAGCGCGCGCUUGCAGUGGCGUUGAAGUCCGUUCUUGUGUGCUUCAUCCGGUAUCCUUCCAAACCACACCAGCGCGGAUGGGCAGUCAUGGUGAACCGUGAUGAACCGUUGGUACGCGGGGUCUGGGGUUUUUUAGACGGCAAGAACUACCGCGUCAAGGCACCUACAGCUCCCGAUUUGCAAAACGCCACCAUUGUGUGGGGCCGACACAAGUUUGUUGGGAGUUGGAACGAUGUGGACACGAGCUCACCGUUGCGGGCGAAAUUGUUGGACGAAAUGUUGACGUUGCGCGGACAUGGAGUCGUGUCGGACUCGGCGUUUCCUGUGUCUAGGUCAAUGCUCGGGAAGAUCCGAACCCCCCUCAAGGACGGUGACCUGGACUGUGCGUCGCCAGAGUGCCGUGCUGGAUUAUCUCAUAUGAGCGCCACCCUUACAUCAGUGCAACAGGCGGCUGAAUGGGGAAUGGGUACCACGGAAAAGAGUCCGUUGUACAGGCAUUAG